UAAUACAGACCAUCAAUGUACAAUGCACCCGCAAUCAUUGAUUCUGUCCAGCAGAUGGGGCUGUUUACACAUCUGCCACCGUGCACGCGCUUCUCAGCGCGUCAGAAUUCCGCGUGACGUAAUUCUAUCUCGCGUCCUCGUGAAUAGUAAUACAGAUUUAUUUCCCAGUUAAUACCAACAUUCCCAGUGAAUCAGUCAGAGGGACAUCAUGGCAAAAAACAUCAUGCUGUUUUGGGGCUCCGGUUCCCCGCCGUGCUGGAGGCUGAUGAUCGCGCUGGAGGAGAAAAACCUGCAGGGAUACAACAACAAACUCCUGUCGUUUGAUAAACAAGAACACAAAACUAAAGAAGUGACGGAUCUCAAUCCCCGAGCACAGCUUCCAACAUUCAAGCAUGGAAACAUCAUCGUGAACGAGUCUUUCGCUGCAUGCUUGUAUCUGGAGAGUGAGUUUAAAUCUCAAGGCACCCGUCUGAUCCCAGAUAACCCGACUGAACAAGCUCUCAUUUAUCAGCGCAUGUUUGAGACCAACAACCUGCAAGAGAAAAUGUAUGAUGUGGCAUUUUAUGAGAUGUUUGUACCGGAGGAAGAAAGACACGAAUCCGCCGUGAAGAGAAAGAAAGAAAGUUUAAUUGCAGAGCUGAAACUGUGGGAGAGCUACUUGGAGAAGAUGGGGAAAGGGUCGUAUCUCGCUGGAAAGAUCUUCACCAUGGCUGAUGUUGUUUGUUUCCCCGUCGUUGCGUAUUUCCCACGUCUUGGGUGUCCUAAAGAGAGGUGUCCCAGACUGAUGGAGUACUAUGACAUGGUGAAGGACCGUCCCAGUAUUAAAGCCAGCUGGCCACCUCACUGGCUGGAGAACCCAAAGGGACCGGACACUCUGAAGAACUUAUAGAGACAACUGAUUACAACCUGGAGAUGUUACUAAUACUGCAGGAUCAAAAUACACAUAAACAGUUCAAGGUGCACUCUGUACAUCUCCUCAUUAAAAAACAUUUAGUCCUAAAUAAGUUUGAAACACGUAUAAAAUCAUGAAUACUUACAUGAGAUGAAGACUCGUAUCAGUGACCUUAUACUUUCUCCUAAACCAGCUUCAUAUGCAUAGACAACUACAAGUCAUUCAUUAGUUCAUUUUCCUGUAAACAUUGUUGUGCCAUGUUUGUUUUGGGGACCGUGACAUUGCCAAUGGCGUGAGUCGGGGACAGGACUGUCUGUUUGAUCACUUCAGUGUUUUCAGAAAUCAAUGUUCAUGUUUUUCUAUUUGAUGGUGUUAAAAUUACAAACUUCAUCUUAAGCUUUAAUGCAUCAGAUGUGCCUGUAUUAUGUUUAGCUGCAAAACAUUUACAGAAGUCAACAGAGAUUUCUGGAGUGCACGUCUAUACUAAUGAUAUCAUAAAUCAAUAUAAUCCAAAAAUAAAUCAAAAUUCU